GGAGUGGGUGUGCUUGUCAGGCGAGGCAGGAGGGGUGCCCGCGGUAGCCUGGGGUGAAGGUCGGGGGGCAAGGUUGGGGAUAUCUCUGGUCUUGGACGACUUCUUUGAGGAUGCGAAGAAGGAGGGAAGAACCAUGGGGGCGAGCUGCGGAAGGAUAGCGGCCUGGAUGGUGUCACUAGAAAUUUAGUCUGGCUGCAGCGACUGUUGGUUGAGAUCCAGGGCGGAUAAAAAUUAAGCUGGGAUUUUGGUCCUAAAAACGAUGCUAGAAUGUUCCAUAUCAGCGAGGUUAAGCCCGCUAGCACGUCUGCCACAAGGGCAAGCCGCAGCGGACGUGCAUCGGAAGGCUGGGGCUGAUAAUCGCCUACACGCCGCGACGCCAAUCACCUGCAUGAGCGUAGGCGUGCAUUUACUGGCCGCUGUCACUUCGCUCGUGCUGCAGACGCUCUGCAAUUGCCUAUGUCGUUUCACCCUCACUCUACAGCUAUACCUUGCGUGGCGUCUGACUCGCCCAGUUCGCGAAGAGAGGUUGGGAGCCGCAGCGUCAACAGAGAACAACAACACCUUGCAUGGAGGAUGCGCGAAACUCUGCCCACUCCCAACGCUCGCCGUCACAUGUCGGUCGAUGCGUUGGUUUAUCGACGGCCAGCCUGCUUCUUUGUGUGCCAAUGCAAGCGCUUAUCUUAUGACUCGUCAUUGCGGAGAGAAACAUUUGGGGACUGCGCGAUCGGCUGGAUGUUCCCAAACAGAAUUCUUCGAGUUUGGACAGAAUACCGUCCGCGUGCGUCGCCAGCUGACCACCUUACUCCUCCAAGACGGCCCCGCUCCAUCUCACCACAUGCACUAGCCUGGCGAUCCUGGAGCUCUCUCACUGCACUCCUCAUCGUCUGGUUCCACAAAGUCUCAGCCCAUGCCACGUAGAUACUUGUGUAGAGUAUUCAACCCAACUUGACGUCCCAGUCACACUACCGCCGCUCUCUGUCUACCCACCAGUGCCCCUCGCCUCCGUCAUCCCGCUCCGAUACGCACGUGCCACCAGUUACCGGCAUAGCGGCGUCACCUCCAGG